UACUCGUCUCGUGCUGAAUGUAGAUGUUAGCUAGCUGGGAGUGAAGAAGGCUAUUUAUUCUACGUUGUGAGUGGGACUUUCAAUGCUCAGCGAUUGUCUAGUUAACCAUCCGGAACGUUUGAAUGUAAUAGUGUGCGUCAUCCGUCGAAGACAAAAAUUAAAAGGAGCAUAUUACAUAAAUGUCAUUAUCUCAACAUCAGAGAACGCUGAAGCAUUUAGGUUCUGAACGUUUAUCAAAUGGUGUGAAUGGAUGUAAAUACUUGGCCUUAAAUGACGACUUUGCGAGCUUCUAAUUUUUACGCAGAAAGUCGAAGCUUCGAUUUUAGCUUACAGGCCUAGAAAAUUGUUUUUAGCUAUUCAAUUAUUUCAUAUAAAUUUGAUUUGUCUUAAAUUUUUUUCUUUGAAACUAAUGCGAACGGAUUAUCCGAAGUUUCAAAAAUGAAAAGUCACUUCCAUGUUAGGCUCGCCGGAGGAUCGCCCUGGGGAUUUCGUAUUCAAGGAGGUCGGCAGGCACGUCAGCCCGUACGGAUUUCUAGUCUGACAAGAGGAGGCAAAGCUGCAUUAGGAGGAAUUAGAGAAGGAGAUGUUUUAGACGCCAUUAAUGGAAAAACCGUAGUCUCUCUGACUCAAACCGAGGCACACCAGUUAAUACAAGCUACUGGAGAUACCUUAAACUUAACUUUACGAAGAGAAGAAAACUUUCCAGCCAAAGGUAUGUUUAAAUCAAGCACAACGAUUGAAGUAAACGACGAAAGCAAAGCUACACAUAUCACAGCCAACACCUUACCAACAUCAACGAAUUCUACUGAAACUUGUGCGACGACCAUUGUUAUAAACACUUCCUCUAAGCCAUCCCUUACCAGAAGUAAUGGAACGCAUAGUCCUUCUUCGGUCUCGAUGACAACCACAAAACUGGCUUCGCUGGCUGAUCAAAGAAACAUGGAGGAGCGCAUCCUGUCCCAUCCGGCUGCUACCACCGGGAACUACACACCUAUGAACAUUACGAUUACUAGUGCAAGCCGGAAAGAAAGUCUCUCGGGAGUCCCGGCCGGGCCUACAUUUAAAGCUACAGGGCCAAAAGCUGUUUGGAUGCCAGGACGUUCACCCCAAAAUACUAUGGAAACUAAUCAACGCAAAGCACAUGAUCAGGAGCGGUUUGAAGAGCGUAGCGGGCCUACACUUCCGCCUCAGCUUAGAAGUGUGAGGCUAAACGUUGGCGAAGAUGUUCAAAACAAAAAUCCUAAAGCUAAGGAAACACAUCAAAAGUAUUUUACACCAGAAGAAACCUUUGCAUGGAAGGCUCCUCAAAACCCUCAAAGUUCUUUGCCAACUGUUAACAGUUCCACAAACCAAGAAAAUGAUCCAAGUAGGGAAAAAGAUCUACAGAAUCCCUUUCCAUUAACUAAUAAGAGUGAACCACAGACGGGCAACUCCAGCCAGUUACAUUAUUUCCAAGAUCCAGCAGGCAUUUCGUAUAAUAAACCUAUGGGACAUAUGCCUCGUGGAGCAAUUUACAUAGAUCACAAGUUAAAUUCCAAAGAAGAAGAAGAAGAACUUCCCAAGGAUGCAGUGCUGAUAGAUCAGAAAGUUAUAAUAGAAGGAGACAAGAUUCAUACUGAUAGUUAUUAUGGAAUCCCAACACAAGAAGUAACUUCAACUACAGUAAAUAUUAAAGCUCCUUCAAAGUAUGAAUUUAUUGGCCCACUAGAAAAGGGAAUUCCAGUUGGACUAAGAACUAAUGUGAAAAAGGAACAUGCCAGUGACUGGUACAAAUCAAUGUUUCGAUCGCUGCACAAAUCUGAAGAACCAAACAGAGAUGAUUUCAUGACUAUGAGAUACAGGAAAAGAACAGGUCAAACCUCGCAUGCUGGUGGCUACAUGUCGGAGCCAGAAUUUGACAGAGAUGAUGAAUAUUCCCAUCGAUCCAAGUAUGCCACACUUGAUUACAGACGGCAUCCAGUCAGAGAGAUCAGUCUAGGAUCAAAGUCACGUACUCUUCCACAUGCAACCCAUCAAAAUAAUCCAUAUUUGCCACCACCUUCACCAAAAGCCUCUACAGAAGUAUACAAGAAUCAGCCACGAAGUAUAGCAGAGUAUGAACCAGGGCAUUCUUCUCUAGCUGAGAGAGAAACUAAAUUGGAGGAGGAUUCAACACCUGUUCAGUUUGCAAGCCAAUAUUUAUCACCUCAAGACAAACCAAAAUCAUUGAACUAUUACACAGAUGGCUAUGAAAGUGAUUCUACAUUAGUGAGGAAAAUGGGAAAAUAUCCUCCUUUAGGAACAAGACAACAAAGAUACUGGUAUCGAGAUUUUCAACAAGAGGCUUCACCCAAAGAAAGAUGUCAAGAAGCUUUCACCACGACCUUUCAUGUUAGUCUGGGAACCAUCUUGACUCCUUCUGUUGUUGUGCCUUUGCAGAAUCAUAGUCAAAUACACAGGUCACUUAACAUAAAUGAACAACAUUCAGGCAAUAUAUUGAUUAAUAAAUCAUCUUCAUUAAAACCCUCUGUUAGGAACUUUGGCCAACCAUUACAUCAUUCCUCACCAAAAUCUGAAACAGUCGUAUCAAAAAGAAAAGGUAAACAGCCAUGCAAACAGAUGUUACUAAAGGAUAGACAGACUCCACAGCAGAGUGGUGUCAGUGAAGUUGUACCCAGCCCUCAGCCUCCUAGUAGGACAUCAUCUCGAUGGAAUCCUGUGCUUAUAAAAUGGUCCAAAGUGAAGCUUUCAGAUCGAAAAAAUCCUUGGCUACUUUCUGGGGAUAAACCUCUAAAACCACAAUCUAAAGAACCUGCAUCAACAAAAUCUUCAAAGUCUUUCUUUAAAUCAUCUGUAUCUUUUGCUAAAUCUACAUCAGCAAAUAAUAGCCCAUCAUCAUUAUUUAGGAGAACACUAUCUGUUGCUUCUAAAAAGCUGAAAAAACAACCAAAAGUCACUGAACUUCAAAAAUCCAUGAACAAAGCUUUAGAAGCAUCUACCAUACCUGAAGUGUAUUCAAGUGAUGUAACUAGUUCUGAAGAAAUGCAUAUUGCUCAUACUGACUCUGGUUUAACUCUUGAGAAGGAAACUACAAAUAAAGAAUGCACAGAUAAUGAAGGUAAAGUAUUGCAGAUUGUGUUAGAUAAAAAUAAAAACUCUGAGAUUUCGGCAGCAUGUGAAGUAUCUGAUAGCAGAAAAGAACUAAGUACAGGUAUCACAUGUAACAACAGAAAUAAUGAGGGAUUAUACUUGGGUAAUGAAAAUUUUGACAUUAGUAAAGAAAGUCGGUCUACUUUCUCAUCUGAUCAUACAGUAUCAUCCCAAAAUGACUUAGGAUAUUCUGAGAAACAAAGUCCAAUCUCAGAGUUAGACAACAGCUUUUCAAGUAUUGAAACAGGAUAUCAUAGUCUUAUUGAAGGAGGGAACAAAUCACCAAACCAAGGACAGCUAAUCAGUUCAUUGCAACUCUCUUGGACUGAUAAUGAAAACCAGGUACUGGGUGAAGAAUCUGUUGCAAAAAAGAAUGUGGAUGAUAGUUCUUUCAUACAACAGAAAAAUAUUCCAGUAAAAGAUAAGAUUGAUAUGUCUUUGACUGUAAAAGACGGCCCAUUCAAGCCUGAAUCCUCACCAUGCAGACCUUUAGACUUGAUUUGUACAUCUAAGGUCAAGGAAUUGGCUAAUAAACUGGAUGUGUUCUUUAGUGGUGAACAAGGGCUCAAAAUGCAGUCUCAGAAAAAUGUCUCAUCGAUGAAACAAAUUUAUUUAGUUUCUGAUGAUGACCACAAAUUCCUGAAGACUAACAGUAAUUUACAAGCUACCAAUUCAGAAUUCACCUGUGAAAGGGAUAAAGUAAACAAACAGAUGUUCCCAACUAUUAACCAGAAACUACAAGACAUCAAUGCAUUAUCAGACUUUGAAAAAGAUGGAAUAGAUAAACAAAAACUUCUGGAUAUUGAUCAGAAUUUAGAAACCUUAAACGAAAGGCCAAGUAGUGGAAAGGUUAAAGUAGAAUAUGAACUGUACAAAAGUGACAUGGAUAUCCACAAAAUUAUUCCAUAUUCAGAUUGUGAAGAGCAUGAUGAAGAAAGACAAGACCUACCUGAUACUGAUCAUGUAAAAGUUAAGACAGAGCUUGAAUUUAUGAAUACUGACCCAAAUUUGCAAACUACAUGCACAAAAUAUAAUUCAGGAAAAAAUAAAACUGACAAACAAGAAACAUUUAUGGAAAAUCUUAUGCAUAAAAGCCAAGAAAAAAUUAAUUUAGAAAAAGCAAAAGAAGCCAGACAACAACUAAAUUUUGUGGGGUCAAAUACCAGGGCCAUUUCUUUUGAAAAUAAUUUGAAAAAUGAAAUUCAUAUAAACUUGAAAGGUGGAGGUGGUAUUGAGAUAUUAUCACCAAAUCACAGAACAAAAUCAGAUAUUCUAACCUUAAAGUCAGGUCUUGAAACAAACCAGAAUAGUUUGGACCUUUCUCAUGAAUCAGGAUCACCUCAUGACAACAGUAGAACAGAAGGGUAUCAAAAAUAUGUCUGUGGGAUUGUAAAGUCUUUUCCAAAAUCUGAACAAUUCUUUAAGCUGAAAAAAUUUUACACAAGUAUUGAACAUCUUGCUGAAAAUGGAAAAUCACAGUUUAAUACACCAAGUAAAAUAGAAAUAAAUACAAAGACUACUCAGAUACCCAAGGAACUUGCAAGAACAAAACUAACCAGUUAUGUACCAUGGAAAGGAAAAGAUGAUCACAUUUUGAAAUUCAAAAAAUCAUCUGUUGAAAACUUAAAGAAAUUGUUUGAUAAUCAUGAAAAAAAUAAUCACUAUGAAAAUAAUACCGGUCAUUUUAUUUCACCAUUAAUGGUGGCUCAAAAGGGAAAAAAAAUUGUGAGAAGCAAUUCAGUUGCUGAUCUUGUUGCAAAGUACAAUAGUAUUGAUGAUUUGAAAAGAAAAGGAAAUAUAAAAUACAACCAUUCAGACAAGGAAGCCUCAACUUUUUUGAAUCCAAAAGUUACUGAAUGUAUCAGUAAUGGAAAUAAAUACACUACAGGAUCACUUUGGACGAAGAAAGAGAAUGUUAGUUCUUCUGUUUGUAGGUGGAGAGAACAGAGAAUUACCCACUGGGUUUUAGAAACCUCAAAGGUUCAGAAACUUGAAAGUUCAGGAGAAUCAAAAGAGAAGUUUAAGGUUUCUGCAAAUGCUGAUUUUUAUAAAAUACCAUCUGGGUUUUAUUCUCUUGGAGACUCUCAGACCUCAGAAGAUAUUACCAAAAGAAAUGAUAAGUCUUUAACUCAUGCUGAUAACAGUUUUGGAAGGGUAAUUAAAUCCACAGUUUUUCAAGAAGAGAAAAAGAGUAAUAAUGAAACAAAACUAGUUCAAGACAAUAAACCUAAGUAUUGUUCUAGUCUUGAGAUUUUCUUGACUCCACAGAAAAUAGUAACAGAUAGAAGUAAAUCUCCCGGACCUAGUGAAUACUCUGCUCCACAGUCUCCACGUACUUGUUACUCUCUUAGUGGAUCCAUUGAUGGAGAAUUAAGCUCCCAGGGCAGUCAUAAUGAUAGACAAAAUGAUUUUUUUCUUUUACUUCAUCCUCCCUCUAGUGCAAGUGGAAGUCAAAGACCUGAAAGUCAGAUGUCUUUUCAGAGUGAAACAAAGGGAACCUCCUCUAGUGAAACAGAAAGCACAACAAUGUCAGUUAAGACUGAUAUAUACUUAGAAACUGGCAUUCACAAUAAGAAAGAGUUCUAUGAGAAAUCAGCCUUUAAAGAUAAAGAAAAGGCAGUCCAAAAUUCCUACCAUGUUCCACAAGUUACAAAUAGAAUUGUGUCAGAAAAGAUGAAGUCUUUUGAAUCUACUAAUUUUCCAACUAGGCAAAGAAUUUCAACUGUAAAAGAGGAUAGCAAAAUAGCCAAUCCAUUCCGUUCAAGAACAAUUGGCUUACCUAUAUCUGUGUCUUCACAUAAAUUAGAAACUAAAGGGGGUGAGACUCUUGUCAAUACAAUUGUUGCAAAUAAAAAGAACAACACUUCAUUCCAUAAGAAUGAUACAACAGUAACUGCAGAAAUAAAGAAGAAAGAAUAUAAUCCUCCAAGAAGAAUUCUUUCUUGCUGUGAUAUAAGAGAAAGUGAACUAGGCUAUGAACGACAAACAUUAUCAUCAAAGAAUCAAAUCCCAAGAGAUAAUUAUUUUCUUCCUCAUUAUAUUCCUGAAAGAACAGUCUCUGAGUUUGAUCUAAGUUUAUCCAUCAGUGGUGUUGAACCUUUCCAGAGAAUGCAUGAGAGGAUUUGUAACAUAAGCCAGUCACAAGAUAUUUGUAAUGGUGGUAUAACUCAAGGUGAAGGUGGAAUUCAAAAUCAAGAUAUAAAUACUACUUUUGCUGAAUCAACUAAAACAUCAAAAGCUCUUUUGUUUGGGAAUCAUUUCAUAAAUGAUAAAAGUUAUAAUUCGGAUAACAAGAGUUCAAGACCAGGAAUAGUGGGAAGUUUUUACUUGAAAUAUGUGAAGACUGGGGAUGUGAAAAGGGUAAGACAAAAGUUUGAAAGCACAGGCAAUUUGCAUCUUUUAUGUGGAAGGAAGCAGUUGAAGACAUCCAACCAGAGAAAUUUAUCUAGAAAUAAUUUUUUCUGUAGUACAUCUGAGAUCAGUAAUUUGACAGCAAAAAAAUAUGAGCAAAUUGAUAAUCCAAACAAACAGAAAAAGAAUAAAACAAAUAAACAGAGAAAAAAUGAUAUCAAUGACACUUUCAAGGAAACUUUAUAUGGUGUACAGUGGAAGCCUUUGUCUCAAUCAAGACAGACAGAAUAUGGAGUUAAGUGGACACCAUCUACUGCAUUAAGAAAGACUGAAUAUGGAGUUUAUUGGCAUCCAACAUCAUCUUCCAGAUAUUGUGGAAGGGCAGGAUCAGUAAAGAAAUUGUGCAGAAAGUUUGAGAGUAUGGAUAACAUUGCUGUUGCGGGUUGGGCUUCCCCAGAUAAAUCUAUCAUUAAAGAUAAUCACGAAAAACCAUUCUCUCUCUCAAAUGAUAAGUGUCACAAGUCUUCACCUCACAUACCUAUUUCUGAUGAAAUUUCAAACACAAAAUCAAAUAAUAAAAACCAAAUAUCAACUUCUCUGUUAAGUGCAUGUACAGACAACACAUCUUCACUUGAUGUACCCAUUUUGAUUAAUAAUCCAGUUACUUCAAAACUUAAGACUGCAUCUAAAUUUAAAAGUACGUUAUCAGUAGUGAAAGAUGAUUAUGACAGCACAGAUCAAAACACAAGCCUCCCUUUUCAUUUGUGUCAGAGUACGCCAGAGAUUUCCAGUACAGAUAUCAAUUGUUCAGAUGUGUCAUCCUCCUCUGAAAUGUCUUGUGAACCUACAAAAAUAACUGAGCUUCAAAAAUGUAAAAAAGGUCACUCUAACACUCAGGGUAUUGUAAAAGCAAAAGUAAAGUUUGGGGAACAAAUAUAUUUAGCACAUGAUUCACACAAUCGUGUAAAACAUCUACUAAAUAAGUAUGAGAAACGUAAAGCUUUACAGAACUUAAUUAACAGGUUUGAAAAGUUUCACUUGUUUCAUUACCGUACUAAGAAUUCUGAGCAAAACUUUGGUAAGAAUAAGAAAUUAGACUCACAAAACCAACAACAAUCUGAAGGUAAUUAUUCAGAAGCACACAGUAAUUGUAUUCCAGAAAAACGAGUGCCUAGUCAUUCAUCUAUGACAGACUCUCCCUCAGAAUUAACAAACUGUAACUCUCAUAAGUUGCAAGAGGUUGGCCAGCUCAUGAUUCAACCAACACUUAAGAAACAAUACAACAUCCUGUCACAUAACCAUUCCACAAACAGCACAGCAGGGGCUUCAAAACUUUUUGGUUUCAGUCAAGAGGCCCAGGAUCUCAGCUUUCCCAAGAAAGGGCUUCCUGAACCCAUGAGACAAACAGGCUCUACUAACCCUAACCAAGCUGUGAAUGGCAUGAAAUCUAAUGGAGGUAGCAGUGCAUGCAGCCAAGUAGAUUCUCCACACAACUCUCAGAACCUCGUGGUAGGACAAGCAAGCAAGCCAGUUAAGACUACCUUUGAAGAUGAUGAGCUAAAAAAACAUCAGGAGGAGGAAAGGCAGAGAAAACUUAUUACAGAGUUGGAAAUGAGGAGGCAUACAGAUAAUUUCAUGCCAUCACAGAAAUCUCCAAUACCUUUAGAUCGAUACGACAACCCAUAUGAACCCCAAGCUACCCCACCUCCUAAGACUCCUGAGGUUCGUAAUAUGGCAAAGGUGCUCUACAACUUCACAGCUCAAACACCAAGAGAGCUAUCCUUGAAUAAAGGAGAUAUUGUGUAUGUGACCAAGGAAAUUGACAAGAAUUGGUAUCAAGGUGAACAUCAUGGAAUGAUUGGUAUUUUUCCCAUCAAAUAUGUCGAGAUCAUCCCACCAGAAAAUGCUCAUCUUCAGCCUCGAAAAGCCACAGAAGGUGAAGCAAGAGCAAAGUAUAACUUCCGAGCCCAGACAUCUGUGGAACUGUCUGUAUUCAAGGGUGAAACUGUAAUCCUGACUGGAAAAGUGGAUCAAAACUGGUAUGAAGGAAGAAUUGGGAGUAAAAAGGGCAUUGUACCAUCAGCAUAUUUGGAAGUACUCCGUGAGCCUGAAGAAAUGCGUUCAGUAUCAGUCUCUCCAAAAUCUCCAAGACCUCCAGCAAGUCCUAUACAUGUCCCAAUUACAAAUGGUACUGUAAGUUCUCGUCAGACUCCCAACUACCAAAGUGACAAAAACCUGUACCUAGAAGCUCAGGCUGCAUCUUUACCAAAGCUUGCCACCUCACCAACAAGUCGAUUUUCACUUGAAGAAACCAAACAACCUGUAAUGGAAAGUCUGCACAUAAACACUUUCAGUGAACCUAUACCGUACCGAGCUCUAUAUAGUUACAAGCCACAACAUGAAGAUGAACUUGAGCUUAAUGAGGGAGAUACAAUCUAUGUCAUGGAAAAGUGUGAUGAUGGAUGGUAUGUUGGUACUUCAUUAAGAACGGGACUAUUUGGAACUUUCCCUGGAAAUUAUGUUGAAAGAAUCUGAUAAGACUUUAGUUGCCAUGAGGAAGAAGAUGAAGGCUUAUUAAUAUUAUGCCAUGCAAAGGGAGUGAAAAACAUUUAAUCUGAUCUUUCAUACAGUAAAAAAAAAAAAAGAAGGUAAUGUUGUAGAAAACAGUUAUCUCUUCAAACAAUUUCACUGACUCUUUUGCAUGAUAUUUCAACAUAAUAAUUAGAAAAACGUUGUAUGUUUCUAGUUUGUAUUAAUAAUUUUACAUAGUUUAAUAUUAUUAGUUUUAUUGACUUAUAAGAGAGUUGAGACCAAAGACAUACUAUUAUGUGGUCACUCCCACUUGUUACUAAUAGUCUAUAUAUAUAUAUAUAUCAAAACUUAUGUAUAAGCCACAGAUUUCUGUGUUUUUAAUUUAUUAAUUUGGCAGAACACUAAUAUCAUAUCUAAUUUUAAUUGAGACAAGGAAAAAGUUUGUUAUCCAAAUGAUCUUUUAAUGUAUUUUGUGAAAUGUUUCUGACUUUGGAUUUUAACUCAUAGUCAAAGCUUUGAAAUAAAAAGUACUCUUAGAUUAAACCUGUAACUAUGUUAUGUGAAUGAUGGUGUCUCUAAACAAACAUUUUUGAUGUUUUUAAUACAUUCAUUAAAGUUUAUUUGAUCAUUCAGUGUUUUGGGACAAAGGGAAUGCAUAUCCUGUAUCAUUAUAUUGGUCUUUUAAAACAGUCCAGACUAUUAUUUUGUGUACUAUCUAUAUAUUGAAUAUAGAGAGAGAUCUGUCUUCUGUAACACUUCUUUAAAUUUUCUUUUUAUAAAGAAGUCAUUACUCAGUAUAGUUAUGGCUAAGAUAGUUUUUUUUUUCAUGUACAAGUGUAAAGAUAUUCCAUUUCCAUAUGUUUUAAUGUAACGUGGCCUAAUCAUGUUAUUUUAAUUCUUAUGCAACUAAAUAUAAUUGUUUUUGAAAAUGGAAAAUAGGAUGUCUUGUUGGUUUUUAGUAUAUAGUAAAAUUCUGUACAAUGAUAAAAGGACCUUGCUUUCUGAGUAAAGUGGAAAUAAUGCUAACAGAAUUGAGCUUUAGCUAAGUUACUAUCAAGACUUGCCGUGCCUUUAAACUUGUUUUUUGUUAUGAUUAAAUAACAAAGAGCAUCAGCUAUAAUAUUUCUAAAUAUUUGUUUGUAUGCACCCAAGAAAAUAUUGUAUAAAAUUUAGUGCUAGAAUGGGAUUUUGAGCAUUAUGCAUGACAGUUUAUGUUAAUAUUUGUCUUUUUAGUGUGUUGCAAAGUUUUUUACAUAGUUAAUAUUAGAAAUUUAACCUAUGUGUCUUCUAAACAAACUUGUCGUCUGUAUCAGAAGUACCAAGUGACUUAAAAAAUGUGCAGCAAAUUAAUAAUGCCACUACAAAAGUAUUUGUGGACCUCAAGUUAUUAUGAUUGAAAACUAAGUUUUUGAUAUCACAAGCACUUAAAUGAAAAUAGUUCUCUAUUAUUUUAUUAAUUCCUGAUCAUACUAGUCAGAUAGCAUUCUAUUUCUGUUUAAUUCACCAUUAAAAUUAGCUAUAUAAUUAAUCGAACCUCAUCUACAUUAAACGACAAUUUGAAUUAGUACAAAUACAGCGUAUCUUACUACUUGACUAUGCCUUUAUGAUAAGUAACUGGUUAGCUAGUAAAACACAUUGUAUUGUAGUCAGAAAAAUGUUUCAAUACCAAGAUUAAGAAUUAAAAAUAAGGAAGAAACUGAUAGCUGAUCCACAAACAAAGCAUGAACUGCCAGUGAUGUACUUUUCUAGAGAUUUUAAUAUGUAUUUGUUGAUUUCUUCAUACAAGAGUUUAUUUCUUGUUAUAAAAUACUGUGAGUACUUUGAAUGAUUAAUUAUCGUUAAAGCUAAAUGGAAAUAGGCAACCCAUGUUAAGUGAGGCAUGCUACUUGACUCAAAUUGUAUGCAUAGGAGUGAAGCUUCUUUUUAAACUUGAUUAUAUUAAGUGUGCUUUAGUAAUAAAUCAUUUGUGUAAACUGUACACUAGAAUUAAGUGAAUACUUAAAUCACUCUUUUGAUUAUUAAGUUUUUCAGUUGAUCCACUUUUGUAAAAGUCAAAUGUUUUGUCAGAGUAUGAAUUUGAAUCAUGUGAAUUAGUUAAAAAGCCUGAAAAGUUGAUUUAUUGUUUGAGGUUUGUCAAUAAAGAAUGCAAUAACACACUGGUAAA